CUUUAUUUUAUUGGUCCAACUUCCUUGGCCUUCAAGCACAAAAAUGCUUUUAGUUUGUUGACUGACUGACUCUGAAGUUGUCCCCAUCAUAAAAGCCGUUUUUCACUUGACAACUAAAAAGUCCCAUCAGCUAAAAAAAAUUAACAAAUAAAGAAAGAAACAUCCAAGUUCAAUGCAUCAUUUUUGUCAUUUUCCCAAAUAAAUUAAUGCUCUGACCUGUACAUAUAUGUACUCAUAAGCUACUCACUCAUCUAAUCUCCCUAGCUAGAAGAAACUGACCAAAACUCUGCUUCCCUCCAACCCUUUUGCCCGGAAAAUGUCAACCUCUAAGCUAAAUCCUCAUGUAGCUCUUCUUCCAAGCGCUGGUAUGGGCCAUUUAACACCCUUCAUCCGUCUCAUAACUUUGCUAACAUCACACAAUGUGAAGAUCACUGUCAUCACUCCACACCCGACCGUAUCAAUUUCAGAGUCCGAGAGCUUAUCUCAGUUGUUCUCUAGUUUUCCUCAAGUUACUCGAAAGCAACUUCAUCUCCUUCCACUUCCACUUGAUGAGCCUUCAUCAAAAUCCCAAGACCCUUUUUACAACCGUUUCGAAGUGAUUCGCCGCUCUUCUCACCUUCUUUCUCCUCUCCUCUCUUCACUCUCCCCACCCCUCUCUGCUCUUGUCACAGACAUGAGCUUGGCCUCCACUGUUGUUCCCAUAACUGAUGCUCUUCAACUUCCUAACUACAUAUUCUUCACAUCAUCUGCCAAGAUGUUGAGUCUUUUCUUAUCCUUCCACACCCUCGAUGAUCCAAAAGCUAAAGACUUUGUCGAAAUUUCGGGCUUUGAACCAAUACCCAGAUCGUGGAUUCCCCCACCACUUCUAGAGGACACCAAUAAUAUCAUGAAGACUUAUUUCGCGGAGUGUGGUAAGAAAAUGAAAGAAUCAAAUGGAAUUCUGGUAAACACAUAUGAAAGUAUAGAAGGUGAGUCCCUGAAAGUGCUAAACGAAGGCAUAGUUUUCAAUCACUUACCACCAGUCAUCGCCAUUGGCCCGCUUCCUCCACUUAAGUUCGAGAGGAGCCAACCAUUAGAGAGGAGCCAACCUUUAGCAUGGCUCGACGAUCAACCAGCUGAGUCUGUGUUAUAUGUCAGCUUCGGAAGUAGAACUGCCAUAUCAAGAGAGCAAAUCAAGGAGUUGGGUGAUGGACUAGUGAAGAGCGGUAAAAGAUUUUUGUGGGUUGUUAAGGAUAAGAAAGUUGAUCGAGAUGAUGAAAUGGAAUUAGUAGACUUAAUUGGACAAGAGUUGAUGGAGAGAAUGAAGGGAAGGGGAAUGGUAGUAAAGAACUGGCUAAACCAAGAGGAAGUUCUAAGACACCCUGCAGUUGGUUGGUUUUUAAGUCAUUGUGGUUGGAAUUCUGUCACUGAGGCCAUAUGGCAUGGCGUGCCUUUGUUGCUAUGGCCUCAACAUGGGGACCAAAAGAUCAAUGCAGAUUUGAUGGAGAGAAUAGGAGUUGGGAUGUGGGUUAAGAGUUGGGGAUGGGGCGGAAAUCCAAUGGCGGUCGUUAACGGAGAUGGGAUUGCAGACACAGUGAGAGAGAUGACAGGGAAUGGGUUCUUCAGGUUACGAGCUGCACAGGUACAAGAUGAUGCCAGGAAGGCUGUUGGUGAAGGUGGGAAUUCAAAAGAGAGACUUGCUGAUCUCAUCGACUCCUGGGAAAGUUAACCAGACUUAUGAUUGCUUAGUUUUCCUGUGUUGUUGUGUCUCAAAGCUGUACCAGAAAAAGAGAAAAAGUUGUAGAUGUGUCUGAGUGAGACGUACUUAAAUAAGAAAUUUAGCUUAAUAAAACACUAAUUACAAACA